AUGGAUGACCUUUACGACGAGUUCGGUAACUUCAUUGGCGAGGAGGCCGGAUCAGACGAGGCUUCUGAGGCGGGCGUUGAGGCGGGCGACUACAUCUACGACGAUGAGCCAGAAGAGGCCCCUGGUGUGACGGGUCAGGAGCUCAUGGAGCUUGAUGAUGGACCAUCCAACUCGAUCGUUCUUCACGAAGACAAACAGUACUAUCCGACCGCCGAGCAGGUAUACGGAGCCGAUGUCGAAACACGAGUCGAAGAAGAGGAUGCCCAGCCUCUAACCCAACCCAUCAUCGCGCCGAUUGAGCAAAAGAAGUUCAACAUCGAGGAAGCCGAUCUUCCACCCGUCUUCUUCGAUCGCGAGUUCAUGGCGGAUUUGAUGAACUUCCCCGAACAGACGCGAAACGUAGCAUUGGCAGGACAUUUGCACCAUGGAAAGACAGCGUUUAUGGAUAUGCUGGUUCUCGAGACACACGAUAUCACAGAUCGAUUGGAGCGGAGGGUAGGCAAGAACCGCGACGAGCAGUUGAGAUAUACAGACAUACACAUCUUAGAGAGGGAAAGAGGAUUGUCUAUCAAGGCUGCGCCAAUGAGUCUGGUGCUACCCAGCACCAAGGGCAAAUCGCACCUCGUCAACCUGAUCGAUACUCCUGGCCAUGUCAACUUUGUCGAUGAGGUUGCUGCCUCAUUCCGACUGGUCGACGGUGUUUGCCUGGUUGUGGAUGUUGUCGAGGGUGUCCAGAUCAACACGGAGCAGAUCAUCAAGCAUGCUGUGCUAGAGGACAUUCCUUUAACGCUGAUUAUCAAUAAGAUGGACCGCCUCAUCCUCGAGCUCAAGCUACCGCCCAAGGACGCAUACUUCAAGCUCAAGCACGUUGUCGAAGAGGUCAACACCAUCAUCACAAACACAGCUCCUACCAAGGCUGCCUCGAAGCGGAUAAGUCCCGAGAAGGGCAACGUCCUCUUCGCAUGCACAGAUAUGGGAUGGUGUUUUACACUACCGAGCUUCGCCAAAAUGUACACUGAUACCUUUGGUGACAUCAAUGCGGACGAAUUUGCGAAGCGAUUAUGGGGUGACAUUUAUUAUAACCCCAAAAAGCGAAACUUUUCACGAAAGCCUCUGGACGAGCGUUCAGCUCGCUCGUUUGUUCACUUCGUUCUUGAACCUAUCUACAAGAUCUUCACGCACUCUAUCAGCGAUAGCCCUGAGCAACUGCGGCCAGUCCUGGCCUCAUUGGGUAUCGAGCUCAAGCCUUCUCAAUACAAGGCUGAUGCCAAGGUGCUGCUGAAGCUAGUCUGUGAACAGUUCUUUGGUCCUUCAACUGGUUUUGUGGAUAUGAUUGUUACACACAUCCCCUCACCCAUUGAGACCGCUGAACGAUUACUGGAGAGAUAUUACACUGGACCCCUGGACACAAAGGUUGCCGCCUCCAUGCAAGCUUGUGACCAGAACGGUCCUUUGGUGGUUCAUAUCACCAAGCUUUUUAACACAGCAGACGCAAAGAGCUUUCACUCUUUUGGUCGAGUGCUGAGUGGCACAGUCCGACCAGGUAUGCAAGUCCGCGUCCUCGGUGAAGGCUACUCCUUGGAUGACGAAGAGGACAUGGCUAUGGCAAAUAUCUCUGAAGUCUUUAUUGGUGAGACAAGAUACAACAUUCCUACGGACGGUGUGCCAGCCGGAAACCUCGUAUUGUUGAGUGGUGUCGACAACUCUAUUGUCAAGUCAGCUACUAUUCUCCCUCCCAAACUCGAAGAUGAUGAGGACGCCUAUAUCUUCAAGCCCAUCACACAUUUCACAGAGUCCGUUCUUAAGGUCGCUGCUGAGCCCAUCAACCCCUCAGAACUCCCCAAGAUGCUUGACGGACUAAGAAGGGUUCAAAAGUCGUACCCGCUGAUCAAGACCAAGGUCGAAGAGUCAGGCGAACACGUCGUGCUCGGAACUGGAGAGCUAUACAUGGACUGUGUGAUGCACGACCUCCGUCGUUUGUAUGCAGAUAUGGACAUCAAGGUCUCCGAUCCUGUCACGCGGUUUUGCGAGACUGUCGUGGAGACGUCAGCAACCAAGUGCUACGCUAUCACCCCCAACAAGAAGAACAAGAUCACAAUGGUCGCUGAGCAGUUAGAAAAGGGCAUUUCGAAUGAUAUUGAGAGUGGUGCCGUGCGCAUCCGCGAUCCUAUUCGCAAGACUGCCAAAUUCUUUGAGGAAAAGCACGGCUGGGACAAGUUGGCUGCCCGCAGUAUCUGGGCGUUUGGUCCCGAAGAGACAGGUCCCAACAUCCUCCAAGAUGAUACUCUUCCCACAGAAGUGGACAAGAAAACGCUCAACGCAGUGAAGGAGUCGAUCCGACAAGGAUUCAGCUGGGCAACCCGUGAGGGACCCUUGUGUGAAGAACAACUGGGUAGUUCCCUGCGGAGCAGCCAUGAACUCUCCACUUCUGACUUCCGCUAUCUCCUGUUGGCUAUUUAUUACGUGGCUGGCAAACGACUUGGCGUCUCCAGGCGUGGGUGUUCGCAGGGUUUCAAUGGUGCCACUGGCCCGCUGAGCUGGGGUUGGAUCUGGACGGUACCGCAGAUAGAGCCGCUUGACCGCUUUGUCAGGCACUCAACAGAAAACGGUAGCCGACGAUCCCUCCCCCUGGCGGCAAAUAGACCAUACUCUGGUCCCUCGAUACGAAACACAAAGUUCAAGGUUACAGAUGUUCUUCUGGCCAACGAAGCCAUCUUCCGUGGAGGCGGCCAGAUUAUCCCCACUUCUCGACGAGCGUGUUAUUCGUCUUUCCUCAUGGCUUCACCCCGCCUCAUGGAGCCUGUUUAUUCGGUUUCUGUAACAGGUCCCGAGGACUCGUAUAUGGAAGUUUACAAUGUGCUAUCACGACGUCGCGGACAUGUUUUGUCUGACGGUCCCGUGGCAGGCACACCGCUGUAUCGCGUCAACGGCUUGCUGCCUGUCAUUGACAGUUUUGGGUUCGAGACUGACUUGCGAAUUAAGACUCAGGGCAGCUCUAUGGUGAGUCUUGUCUUUGACAGUUGGAGCAUUGUACCCGGUGAUCCUCUCGAUCGCGAGCAAAUCAUCCGUCCACUUCAACCUGCCUCUGCGCAAGCUACAGCCCGCGAUUUCGUUCUCAAGACACGAAAGCGCAAGGGUCUAAGCGAAGACGUCAGCGUCAAAACCUUCCUCGAGCCCGAGUUCUACCAAAACCUGAUGGAGAGCGGAAUGCUGGGGGAGAUGUGA